AUGGCCGUGCCGCCGGAGGAGCACCGGCAGCAGCAGCAGGAGCAGGACGACGACGACAGCGACGAGUUCACGUUCCCCACGCCGCCGCAGCUCCUCCCCGGUGGCGCGCGCGGCAAGGACGGCCGCCACCUGCCCUGCUCGGCGUCGGCGUCCUCCUCCCCGCCCGUCUGGCUGCUCUCCUCCCCGAUCCGCCGCAGCUUCUCGGCCGCCGACUGCGCCGCGUCGCCGUGGCGCGACAGGGCGCUGCUCAGCCGCCAGCGCCGCAACGGCGCGUGCUCCCCCGCGCUCAGCGACUACGCCGCCGCCGCCGGCUUCUGCGACGACGAGGAGGAGGAAGAGGAGAGGAUGGACAGCCUCUGGGAGGACCUCAACGACGACGACGCGGCCGCCCGGAACGACGACCUGUUCCCGGGUCCCCUCGACGUGUCGCGCCGCCGGUCCGUCGCCGUCGCCGGGCCGGACGCCGCCGAGAGGGCGAGGAGGGCGGCCAAGGCCCCGCGCGAGCCCGCCGCCGCGGUGCUCGGCGCGUCGAGGAGCUCGCGGCGGCGCCCGCCGGGGCUGGUGGUGAUGAUGCGCGCGCUAAGGAGGUUGUUCGUGGCGCACAAGGGCAAGAGCAGGGUGCACAGGGACGAGCAGAGCGCCGCCUCUGCCUCGGCUUCUUCCGGCAGUAACCCCUUCAACAAAGGAUGAGUGAGCUGCAGCAUCACAAAUGCAGCAUCACUCAGCCUAAUCCUCUAGUAUUGUGUUCGUUUUGUCAAAAACUCUUUGUGCUUCCAUUUCUUCUUGACUGGAUUAUUGUUCCGGCCAUGGUGAUCAUCACAGUAUUAGUUUUGUGGCAAACAUAUAUAUUAAUGUGCAUCCUUGUGUAUAGCUCUACAUUUUUUGUUAAAAAAAUUACAGAAGAAUCUAUGUUCUUGUUAGAUUGUACAUGUUAA